AUGCGGAAUCGCAGAAACAACAGUGUAGACAUGAGUGUUCAAUCUUUUCAAUUAUCUGAACUAGAGGAAAAAGCUCGUGCAAGUGCACUCAAAAGAGUUUCUGAUCAUUUUCAAAAACCAGAACAACUGGAUAAGAUAGAUAUUAUUAAAUCUAGAUUUCUAAAUCAAAAGACUGCCACCGAAGCUCAGUUAAAAAUGGCUCUAUAUAGCCAGUUAGACGGCAGUAAAGUCGGUUUGGAAAAACUGGAUACUGCCCUCGCUGAAUCACAAACAUGUAGGAACAGACUCAUCCAACUGGGAUCUUCAUUGUCUGGUUUGUCCGGCUUGUCGCAGCAGUUGCAUGAGUUAAAAAAUCUCUCAACUAAAUACAGUCAACUUGGUGCUGCUAUGGAAAAUAUGAGUUAUCUUGUGAAGGCCCCUGAAACAUUUGAACAGGCUCGAACUUAUCUGGAGUCAGAAAAUCUCUUAGAAGGUCAUAAACUAAUGCAGGAUUUGGAAGGAAUUCGAGAUGAACUGAUGUUUGAAGUGUAUCGACAAAAGUCUAUGGAAGAUUUAGAUACAUUGCGUGCCUUCUUCCGUGAGCUUGAAAAUUUAAAUGACACGUUUAGACAUAAAAUAAUUGUCCUUGGAUCACGUUUAACUAGUGCGGUAAUUACUCACAAUCGCUUUGUUGUUAAUUGUGUACGUGUUAUUGACCGUGAAGAAAGAACUGAUGCUAAUUGGCGGAAACGAUCAGAGAAACAUGGUUUUAUGCCAGAUGGACGACCGAAACAAUGGAAAAAGCUGUUAUUUGACAGUAUAUUUAAUACUAUAAAAAAUAAGGUGUUUGGAAGCGCGCUAGACAAUGAAAAUGAUAAAAAUAAAUUAGUUCGACACAAUGAAGCCAUUAGACAGCAUACGCUAGCAGAUUUGAAAAUAGCAAAAAAUAUAUGUCCAACAUAUUUUCCAGCAGAUUAUGCUAUAUUUGAUCGAUUUGUUGAAAUGUAUCAUGAAGCCAUCGGAAUGCAUGUUGAAAGUUUAGUACUUGAGGGUCUAUCGGAUACAGAGAUUGUACAACUACUAGGUUGGAUAAAUUCUUAUCAUACUGAAGAAUUCAUGAAAAAUCCUUUCAUGAAUAUUGACUUUAAUCGAUUGAAUUUAAGACAUCCAAUUAAUUUGUUACCUGAUGAAAAAUUAAAUUCACUUCGAAAGCAAUAUGUUUCAAAGACGAUUGAACGACUUAAAUCAUGGUUAGCAAAUUCACUCUUAAAGGAUACUUCUGAUUGGCAACGUUCAACUGGGCCUGAAUUAGAUGGAUCUUCUAAUUAUUUCACUGAUUUGCCUGUAUUAGUCAUGACACCUAUCAAUGAAAUGAUUGGUAAAGGUAAUUUAUUACAUUAUCUGGGCAAUGCUGUAAGAGAACAAUUUUUUACUCAAUGUGUUGAAGAGAUGGCGCUUUUCGUGAAAGAUUACGAUGAUGAUAUUAAAAAGUACCGAGCAGCCUACAUACAAGACAGAUCGAAAUUUCCAUGCUAUAUAGAAUACAUUUUAGCCAAUGCAAAUGGUGCAUGUAUGAUUGCGCAUAGUUUUGUCACAGUAAUUAUGGAUGAAUUGACUGAAGAUUCACAUCUUAAAGGGAAUCUUACAGCUAGGAUUAGUCAUUUGAAAUCAGAAUAUGAAAAAGUAGCUGAACAAUGGAUAGCUUAUGCUGAAGAAACCGUAUUCAUGGAUUUAAAUCGUGUACUAAGCGUGAUUAUGACAUCUCAAUGGCUACGCCCGGAUGAUAUGACAACACAAUAUCUGGUUGGUACAUUAGCCGAUUAUGAUGAAACAUUGAAGCAUACGAGACAAAAUUUAUAUGAUAAAUUAGCUGAAAAAUUGGCUGAACGAAUGUUAAUUGAAUACUUGAAAGCAUUAAUAAGCCGACGAAGUCCGCUUUCUACAGAAGCUGAUAGAAAAAAGGCUGGUGAGAAAAUCACACGAGAUGGACAUGAUUUAAAGAAUUAUUUUGAAGAGAAAAUGAAAGUGAAAAGUGAAGUAAUUGUGGCAUACGACGCUUUAACAACUAUCGGUCAGUUGUUCCUUACAACUGAUACAUCAAUGUUACCCUUGGAUAUUGCUAAUUUGAAACGUCAAUUUCCUGAUGUUCGUUCCGAUCAAGUUUAUGCCUUGCUUGUUGCUCGUGGAGAUGUUACAUCUGACAAUGCUAAAGGACUUUCGGCUGACUCUCAUUAUGGAAGGGAAUUGUCACAGAAGCCAUCACCGUUCGCAAUUUUCACACGAUUAGUCGUCGCAAUGGACACACAUUAG